UUCGCGCCCUGUUUCCGCAAACGUCGAUCCCCACGAAGCGUCGUGGGCGAGGUUACGAUCGAUGUUUCCAAAACACCCGCCCCACAGAAACUCUUCGUUCACGACAAGCUCUCCCCACAUCGGUUUCCACGAUCUCCCGAAACCAUGUCUUUUCCCCGCGGAAUUUGCUUCAUCUCCUGCGGCUUCUCUUCGUUCUACCGCAGAGCACAGCGCUGUCGUCUCGCCUGGAGGCGGGGAAGAAAGAUUUCUUUGGGCAAUUUGCGACAAGACUCAGUUUCUCGGGAGCUACUCGCAGAUAGCAAAGUAUGGGCGAAAUCGAUACGAAGCCGAUCGAACCGGUCCAAGUGGCGCUGUCCUUGUUUGGCGAGAAAGGCGAUCACAGGAAGCACCGUUCUACCAGCCGCGACAGACUGAUAAAGAGGAGCUUCAAGGCCUGCACAAGGAAUUGGCGAAUUACAAGGUGCAACUCGAAGCCAAGGAAUCUGCCUACAUGCAAGCGCUCCUCAAGCUACAGCAAUACAGCGAAAGAGUGGACGAACUUUCCUCUCAGCUGAUGAUAUCCGAGCUCGAGAGGGACAAAUAUGAAGGGGAAUGCAUGCAAGCCAGGACUCAUAUCGACAAGCUGGAGUCCAAGACCAAAGAAAUGGCUGAUCAGCUAUCGGAAACCGGGAAGAUCCGCGAACAGCUUUCUCACGUCUUAAACGAGCUGAAGUCUGCCCAAGUCGAGUUGCUUGGGAUGGAGACUGAGCUUGCCGUUGAAAGAGAGGCAAGGCUGAAGGCUCUAACGCGAACGGAGGAGCUGGAAGCUGAUAUUCAAAUAGAGAAGGGAAAGGUUGAGGUACUCCGAAAGCAUGUAGUGGAGCUCAAUGAAGCUCUCCUUAUGUCAAAGCAGGCCACUAUGGAAGCUGAAAAAGAAAAAUGUGACAUAAUUUAUCAGAAAGAUGGUGAGAUAGAUUUAGCUACAGAUGCGGUGGUUCAAAUGCAGGAGCAGUUGAACAAUCUGAAAAAUCAACUGGGGAUGAUCGAGGAAUUGGAGAACCAGCUCCUGGCUAAGUCCGCGUACGUUGAGUCGUUACAAUCUGAUCUCAGGGAUGUGCACGAGAUGCUCGAUUCAUCUGAGAAGGCCACUUCUGAUGCCACGACCGAUUUGGAGAAGUGGAAAUUGGAUUUGGAAGUGAAGACAAGGGAUGUCUCGGACCAAGCUGUUUACAUUGAAGUGCUUGAGAUGGAAUUGAGUCAGUUGAAGUACGAAAUGAAAACUGCGAAUGAAAGGCUUGCCCACAUGAGCUGCGAUCUUGAAACUCUUACUGAAGAUUUGCAGAAUGCGGAGGCUGAGUUGAGUGAGAUGAAGGAAAAAGAGACUGAAGCGCAGGUCGAACUGGCAUUGCUGAAUUCCGAGCUUCACAAAGCCCGGUCAAAAGUCGCAGCCGCAGAGGCAGCUGAAGUUAGAGCGGAUAGUGUUAAAUCAGGGCUUUAUCUUGCAGUACAGCAGCUAGCGCUGGAAGCGGGCGAAGCCAAGAAAGAAUACCAGAGGUUAAAGGAAGAAGCCGAUAAGGCAUCUGAGGAGUCUGAGAGCUUCACGUUUGCCACCGCCCCAGUAGAAAUCACUGCUCAUGAUGAGGAAAUAUUCGAAAACGAAUCGAGCAAAGUGGAAGAAGGUUUAGGAGACGAGAACAGCUCCAGCAUAACAAUUUCGCUGGAAGAGUACGAGUUCUUACUUGCCCUGGCAAAGAAGGCAGAUGAAAUGCAUAUGUCGUCGGCGGAAGACUCGAAUCAGUACAUUGCAUGGGGAAGCAAGCAAGAGGUGGAGACCCUGAAGAGAGAGCUCGAGGCGGCAAGCGCAAGGAUCGGCCAGUUCAGGACUCGGGCCGAGCAGGCGGCCAGCCGUGCGGAGGCUGCCGAGAAUGCCAAAGCAGCACUGGAGGAUCAGCUCCGGAGGUGGCGGGAACAGAAGCAGAGGAGGAAGGCCGCAUUGGCUGCGCUUAGGGAGGAAUCAAUCUCGAGAGAGUUCAGCCCUCCCAUGAUCGAUAGAACUCCGGCUUCGCAUACUCCUCUUUUCAAGAUUCUUAACAUGAAAUUCUAGCGUCGGAAAGUCACCAAAGUUCAGUCAGAAUCAAAGUUACGAAGGGAAUUAUAGGUGUACCGGUUAUAGCAGAUGAGUGCUGCAGGUGUGAGUAUCUGGUAUGGGUACCUAUGCCAAAACUUCAUUAUCAACAUUUUUUCUGAAAAAGUAGAUGCUUAUAAUUGCUUGUACGAUUUAUUUCCCGUUUCAACGA